AUGCGUGCUCAAUCCCUGCAGUACCUGGCUACCGCCACUUUGGCAUUGCUGUCCGCCAGCUCGGCCGCCGCAAAUGACGAGAGAGCAGUCUUUGCUCACUACAUGGUUGGCGUCAUCCACGAGGACCAUGUUCAUCAAGAUGUGGACGACGCAGUCGCCAUGGGCUUAGACGGCUUCGCCCUGAACAUUGGAGACCCGUCUACCCAAUUUACUCGAGAUGUGUUCAACAACAUGUUCGACUACACCCGUGACAACCACCCGGACUUCAAGCUAUUCAUCAGCAUGGACCUGUGGUCUCAGAACGACACUUUGAACUUCGACGGCUACUUCGUGGACUUUCUCGGCCACGACGCCUACUACAAAGGCCCCAACGGCUAUCCGUUCGUGAGCACUUACGGAAACGGGAACUUCUCCAAAGAGAAAUGGCAGACCUGGAGGAACCGAUUCAGCGACAAGCUCUACUUCGUACCCGACUUCGCCGGCAUGAUCGGAGAAGGAAACCAAACCGCCGCCUGGUGGGACGAAUGGGACGGCGUCAUCGACGGCCUCUUCGACUGGGAGUCAGCAUGGCCGGAGCGCGGCCUGUCAAACACCCAGAGCAUCGCCGCCGACGUCGUCCAGGUAGACUCCACCGCCUCCCAAAACAAGACAUACAUGAUCGGCAUGAGCAUGCUCCAAUACAAAAACUCCUACGGCGCCAACAUCUACCGCGCCGGCGAAGAAAACCUCUCCUGGCGCAUCCACAACAUCCUCAACAUGUCCGCCACCUCCCCCUCCAGCCCGACCUUCGCCCAACUCCUCACCUGGAACGACGGGCCCGAAUCCCACUACCUCGGCACCAUCUGGCCCGAGAUGAACAACGACACCGACCCCUCCCGCUACGCCACCCAAUCCGCCGCCCCCCACACCGCCAUCCAACCCCUCCUCUCCUCCUUCAUCGCCGCCUUCAAAUCCACCCUCGGCCCCGCCGACAUGCAGCCCCAGGGCCCCGCAAAGGACAAACCCGCCAUCGGCGCCCUCUGGUACAAAUCCAUCCUCGCCAGCACCGCCUGCCCCGACGAACACUCCGGCGAGCUCCACGACGCCAAGCCCGACGGCUACGCCGUCGCCGCCGACGUCGCCGCGUGGGCCGUCGUCGUCGCCGAUGACGCCGACGAUGCGGCCGAGCUGACGUUGCGCGGCUUCAGCGGCGGCCAGCAGGUCGGAGACGUCGUCGACCUCGUGCCUGGCUUCAAUUUUGGCAAUUUCAGCGCCCUGCGCGCGGGGAAGCAGUGCAUGGAGGUGAGGGAUAAGGCGGGGGCGCUGGUUGCGGUGGCGAGGGGCGGGGGGGACGUCAGCGGCGAUUGUCCGGAUGGGAUUUACAACCUUAAUCCGCAGGUUGUGGGGUUGUUGGAUGAGGAGUUGGAGGAGGGGGGGUGUGUCGAGGAUGAUGGUGGUGAUGAUGAUGAUGAUGAUGGUAAGGAUGACGAUGAUAGUUGGGGUGUCAGGGGCGUGGCGUUGGAUCGCGUCGGCUUGGUGGCGGGGGUGUUGGUGUCGGUCUUGUGGGUGAGUGGGUUGGUGGGGUUGUGA